AUGACCCAGUCGGUGGUGGUGCAGGUGGGACAGUGCGGGAACCAGGUGGGAUGCCGUUUCUGGGACCUGGCGCUGCGGGAACACGCCGCCGUCAACAAGAAAGGAAUUUAUGAUGAAGCCUUAAGCAGUUUCUUUAGGAACAUAGAUACAAGAAGUGGUGAUAAUGGUCCUGAUAUUUACAAAGGAAAAAUCUGCUCUUUAAAAGCACGAGCACUGUUGAUUGACAUGGAGGAGGGUGUGGUAAAUGAAAUUCUACAGGGACCAUUGAGGGAUGUGUUUGAUAGCAAGCAGCUUAUCACAGAUGUUUCUGGUUCAGGAAACAACUGGGCUGUGGGUCAUAAGAUAUAUGGCUGUCAGUACCGGGAAAACAUAGUGGAAAAGCUGAGAAAAACUGCUGAACAUUGUGACUGUCUACAGUGUUUCUUUAUAAUUCAUUCCAUGGGAGGUGGGACAGGAUCUGGUCUUGGAACUUUUGUACUAAACUUGCUUGAGGAGGAAUUCCCAGAAGUAUAUAGAUUUGUUACUUCAGUUUAUCCCUCUGGUGAAGAUGAUGUUAUUACUUCUCCAUAUAACAGUGUUCUGGCUAUGAAGGAGCUUAAUGAACAUGCAGACUGUGUGCUACCAAUAGAGAAUGAAUCUCUGUUUGAGAUAGUUAAUAAAAUUCAUCAGAUGAUCAAUUCUGGGAAGUUAGGAUCAACUGUGAAGCAAAACAGCUUGGUAACAUCAAGUGCAGGCAGUGCAAAAACAGUACCUGAGAAGCCAUUUGAUGCAAUGAAUAACAUCAUUGCCAACUUGCUGCUGAACCUGACAAGCUCUGCUAGAUUUGAAGGUUCCCUAAACAUGGAUCUUAAUGAAAUCAGCAUGAACUUGGUUCCAUUUCCUCGACUUCAUUAUUUGGUUUCAAGCUUGACUCCUCUGUAUACACUGGCAGAUGUUAAUGUUCCUUCUAGAAGGUUGGAUCAGAUGUUCUCAGAUGCCUUUAGCAGAGAUCAUCAACUAAUUCAAGCAGAUCCAAAGCACAGCCUCUACCUGGCCUGUGCACUUCUUGUUCGAGGAAAUGUGCAGGUUUCAGACCUUCGCAGGAAUAUUGAAAGGUUGAAGCCUUCUCUGCACUUUGUCUCCUGGAAUCAAGAGGGCUGGAAAACUGGUUUGUGUUCAGUACCUCCUGUGGGUCAUUCCCAUUCCCUUCUGGCUUUAGCAAACAACACCUGUGUAAAACCGACUUUCAUUGAACUCAAAGACAGAUUUAUGAAGCUCUACAAGAAAAAGGCUCACCUUCACCAUUAUCUGCAAAUAGAUGGGAUGGAGCAAAGCUGUUUUUCAGAAGCUAUAUCCUCUUUGUCUGACCUAAUAGAAGAGUACAAUGAAUUGGAUGCUACAAAAGGUGGGCCUAGAAUAGAUCCUUCAAGACUGAAGAUAGCUGUUUAAAGAAGGAAGAACUGAUUUUAAAAACGAAAAAGCACUUUCCCUAAACAUCCAGCCACUUCAGUUAACCAGAAUGACUUUCAGCAUGCCUGGCUAUUGUAAUUCCAAAGUGGGACCAGCAGAACAGCUUCCUUUCCUCAAGAGUGAUCAUUAAGUGGGGAGCCAUGCCUGUGAGAAAGAUUUGAAGGCACCUAAUUGUGGCUGGUAUCAGUAAGGACAGUAAUCCUAACUGUGGAGUAAAUUGACACACAAUAUGCUGUGAAGAAUAGGAGGAGAGGUUGCAUGUAGCAGCCAAAAGUGUAAUUAUUUUCUUAGACUUUCAACUUCCAGUAAACUAAAGGUUGGUCUUGCUUCAAGGAAGGAUCACCGUUGCUAGAUUUAGUUUUUAACAAGCAACUACAAAGAGAAGAAAAGCCCAUGUAGUCUUUUCAAAGAUGAAAGCAAGUCUCUAAUGAAACUGCUUUCUUGCACUUUGCAGUAGACAUUUCAGAAUGCUCUAAGCUAUGUUCCUCAUUUUGGUAUUUCUGCUCCUGUGUUGUAGUUAACUAUAUUAGAGGAUUCUCAGUUAAUACCAAAAUCAGCAAUAACAGAAAAUUUUAAAAAAUAAAUUUUGUUUCAAGUAUUAUGCUUGGAAUAUUAAUUAAUAUUUUAAUGAUUCAUAUUAAUGAAUGCUGAGUUGCACUUGAUAAUGAGAUAAUACAGAAUACCUCUGAGUAAAACAUGCACUUAUGAUGAAGUUAAUACCAUUUGUAGAAAAACGCUUAUAGCCUUGAAAGAAUGCAAGUAAAAUAGAUGUUUUAAUAUUUAUAAUUAUCGGAGUAUCAGGCAGCUUUUUAUAUUACAGUGAGAAUUUUUCCAAAAUAGAAUGUACAGCUAUUUCCAGUUGCUUGCCAGUGAGCUGUUACAGAUCAGAAUGGAUUGAUUUCUUGAAAUUUGAAGUCCUUCUAGUAGAGUUGGAGUGGAUAUGUAAGUAAGCACAAUUUUGAAUGUGUAAGCCCAGAAGUAUUCAAUAAAGUAUUGUGAUAACA